AUGCUCGACAAUCCGCGCUUCAACCAGUGGUUUAUCAGCAACCUGCGCUCUAAUGCAUCGUUUCGUCGCCUGGUCGACGUCCUCCGCGACUACAUGGAGGACUACAAGUGCCCACGCUCGAAGCACUCGUUCGAAAAGAAGGAUGCUUCUGUACGAUCUCGGCAGCGGCGGCGGCUACCGCGAGACUGUCGGCGCCUUGGGUUGUCUGCAAGUCGUGGUGUAUCCACGUCGUCUCCGUCCUCUCGAACGCCUUGGCGACUCGAUCCAGCGACUGGAUCUUGCUACCAUCCAAUGGGAACGAGUGGCGGCACGUCGCUGAGAGCGUCGAGGCGAAACGAGGCUUUCCAGACGUCGCCGGUGCCGUUGACGGCGCAAUCAUCGACAUUGAGCGACCCGUCGAGGGCUUCUACAAUCGACACGGUGACCUGUCUCUCAGCGUACAAGCCGUCGUCGACGCCUCGACUCGCUUCGUGUCCGUCGACAUGCGACCCGGCUCGUUUUCCGACUAGAAGAUUUGGAAGCAGUCCACGUGUGGCAACACCAUUUCUCGCUGCAUGCCGGUCGGUGUGCACAUCAUUGGCGACGGUGGCUAUACACUUG